AUGGUGGCAUGCAGAUCGCUUGUGCGCCAAUGGCCUCGCUAUCUUCGCCACCCUUCUUCGCUGAGAGCGCUCUCAAGGUUGAGUCAACCGAGGGUUCAAACUCAAUUUGUACGCCGCGGAUACGCUUCCAUCUCGGCCGCAGAGCUUAAGUUCGGACAACCGCUGCACGAGACACACCCGCAUUUGCUGGACCCUGGAGAGUUAACGCCUGGAAUCACCGCGCUCGAGUAUGCCCAUCGCCGUUCCCGACUCGCAAACAAACUCCCUAAACAUGCCAUCGCUGUCCUGGCGGCCGCGGAGGUGACCUAUCGAGCUUCGGGAAUCUUUAACGUAUUUCGCCAGGACUCCAACUUCUUCUACCUCACCGGUUUCAACGAGCCGGAUGCACUGGCCAUUAUUAUAAAUGAUGGCUCGGGUGACAACCAUCUCUUUCACCUCUAUUGUCGGGAGAAAGAUGCAAAGGCUGAAUUAUGGGAUGGGGCCCGCUCGGGAACGCAGGCCGCAAUGGAUGUCUUCAAUGCCGAUGAGUCGGGCGAUAUUGAACGUAUCAGCGAUAUCCUCCCUAAAGUUCUCGCCGACGCGACGGAAAUCUACACGGAUAUCCCAGCCUUCAAUCCCGGACGAUCGUCAUUGCACCGCUUUCUAUACGGCCCUACCGGCACAUCGGAGAAACUCAAGAAGCUGGUUGAUCACAGCAAGGUUAAACCGCUGCGGCCCAUCCUCAAUGAAAUGAGAGCGUUCAAAAGUGAAGAGGAGGUUGUACAGCUGCGGCGAGUCGGCCAGGCAUCUGGGCGGGCAUUCACCGAGGCCAUGAGGCACUCGUUCACAGGAGAAAAGGACCUAUCAUCCUUUCUGGAAUAUAACUUCAAGCUCAAUGGCUGUGAUGGCAGUGCUUUCGUUCCCGUUGUUGCCGCUGGCUCGAAUGCUCUAAGUAUUCACUAUACGAAGAAUGAUGACAUUUUCAAGGACGGAGAUAUGGUCCUUGUUGACGGAGGCGGUGAAUUGGGCACUUAUAUUUCAGACAUUACCCGGACUUGGCCAGUAAACGGCAAGUUCUCGGAUCCGCAGCGCGACCUCUAUAAUGCGGUGUUGAACGUGCAUCGCAGCUGCGUCUCCCUUUGCAGGGAGAGCGCUGGCCUCUCGCUUGACCGCUUACAUGGUAUCGCUGAAAAUGGAUUGAAAGAUCAAUUGACACAGCUGGGCUUUGAUCUCUCGGGAGAUGCAUUGAGGACUCUUUUUCCACACCACUUGGGCCACUACAUCGGAUUAGAUGUCCACGACUGUGCCGGGUAUUCUAGGGGCUAUGACCUUAAGGCCGGUCAAUGUAUCACGAUUGAGCCGGGCAUCUAUGUUCCGGACGAUGACCGAUGGCCGGCCAAAUUCCGAGGCGUCGGAAUUCGAAUUGAGGAUAGCGUUUGUGUCGGCGACGACAAUCCUAUUGUAUUGACUACGGAAGCAGUGAAAGAGGUGCUAACAUGGUGCAACUCCCAGGUGGACGAUAUUGAGGCACUCCGCGAUUAG